CAAAAUAGUAAUUUACCAGAAGGACGAACUGAGGAACCUGCGCCUGGAUGGUUACGGAUUUUAGACAUUGAACUAUCAGAUAGUGGCAUAUAUGUGUGCAGUGCCAGUAAUAUCCACGGCACUGUUACUGCUGCAGUACGACUCAAUGUGCAAGUUGCCCCAAGUUUUGUAACAGAGCCAGUUAGCCAUACAGUAGAAGCAGGAUCUCCAGUAACCAUGACAUGUACAGUAACCGGAGUACCAGAUCCCUAUGUCACAUGGCUUACACCAAACAAUGUUGUAUAUGAAGUACCAAGUGGUGAGAUGAAUGGUAUAUCAGUCAGCAGUGAUGGUAUAUUUUACAUCAAUAACGCCAAUAUCAAUGAUGCUGGGGUGUAUACAUGUACAGCAACUAAUGCCGUUGGUACUGUCUAUACAACAGCUACACUAGAUGUACUCAGUAUGCCAACGUUUACAUACAGCCAAGAAAACCAGCGUGUAAACGAAGGUACAAGUAUACUAUUAAAAUGCAGAGCAGAUGGCAAUCCUAAACCUACCAUGUCAUGGUUUUACAACGGGAUACAGCUUGAAACCAAUGCGCAGUACGAUGUGUACUUCAGUGGUGAUCUGAGAAUUCAUAAUAUUGAGAAGACACAAGAUGGCAUCUAUGUUUGUAGAGCUGAAAAUACUAUGGGAUCAAUACAGCAUGCUGUCUAUAUUAUUAUUCUCGUUGCACCAACAUUUAUGCUAAGACCAUUGGAUCUCAUUGUUGAUCUGGGUAGCACUGUUAUGAUUAACUGUACAGCUGAUGGUUUCCCUGCUCCUGUAUUGGAAUGGCAGAAAGAUGGCCAAGUACUCUCUGUUGACUAUAAUGUACAUGUGUUUGGCAAUCAUACUAUAAAGAUAGACGGUGUACAAGAGAUAAAUCUAGGAGCUUAUACAUGUAUUGCAUCAAAUGAAGCCGGACAUAACAGAGUUACUGGAAAUCUAUGGACUACAGCUCCUUCUGUACCACUUGAUGUUACUGGUGUGGCUACAUCUGAUUAUAUUUUGUUAACAUGGAAUGCAGCAGAAGAACUCAAUGCGUCACCUGAUAUUCCAGUGUUUGGUAUCAAACCUUACAACACCUCUGUUAACAUCAGUGAAUCAGUGACAUUACAAUGCCAAGCACAUUCCAGAGAACCGGCCGUCAUAACAUGGUAUAGAAGUGACUUCCAUGCAAAUAAACAUUACCAAAUCGGAGAUGGAUUUGUACAUUUGACCACCCCUGGUGCAAACAGCUAUGUGACUGGAUCAGGUGAUCUUGUUGUACUAGAUGCCCGGAAAAUUGAUGCCGGAUGGUACCUGUGCGAAGCUGCUAAUUCAGUUGGCGUUAUCACAGGAACUCUCUACCUGACAAUCAACAUGCCACCAGAGAUCUACUACGUCACGUCGCCACUGCGAGGCACUGAGGGCGGAAUGGCGUACUUGCAAUGCUAUAGUUACGGGACUCCGAAACCUGAUAUAACGUGGAACGAUCAGGAUGGUGAGCUGAUUGAACCGCUACUCGGGAGAUACGAUAUCACGGCUAAUAGUUUGUUGAUACACUCUUUAUCCAUGUUGGAUGAUAGCGGUAAUUAUACUUGUCACGCUAGUAAUAUGCUCGGAGAUGACCUUGCCGUACUUACGUUGUUUAUACAGGGAUUACCUGUACUUGAUGGUAUAACUGUGACUCAUGACGACAUCAAAAAGACCAUAAUCUGUCACUCGCUAGGUUUACCAGAACCCUCUAUCAGCUGGAAGGUCAAUGAUAUACCGUUGAACCAGAACAACAUACUUGGACAUGAUGUCAACCGAGACUAUGAAUUAGUCAUUUAUAAUUUUGUUGCUGUUGAAACAUUCAUGUAUUAUUGCUGGGCUACCAAUAUAUUUGGUAACAGUACUGAUGUCUAUGUCAUUUCAGUUCCUAAAGAUCCUUCUUUACCGUCUGUGAUUGGUUUAACGGCAAGUACAGUCACAUUAUCUUGGGAGGAUCAAAACACAUUGGACGCUUUACCCACCCUGUCAUAUAACAUUCAGAGUAAGGCAGUACAAGCUGUUAAUGCAUUUGGUGCUGGUGCCUUCAGUGAUCCCUCGGCUGUGGUCACCACUAUGCAAGGAGCACCUUUGAAAGCUGUUGACAAUCUCCAAAUCACUGCAAAGGGAACCAGCUCUGUCCUUCUCACCUGGCAGGUUGACAACAUUGAUUCGUCUUUGAUAUCUGGGUAUGUAGUAUCCUAUAGAGCAGCUGGUAAUGAUACCUUCACCUCUGUACAGCUAUCAUCAUCCAGUAUCACUAGUUAUGUCCUACAAGAUUUAGAUACAGACACAGAGUAUUUUAUUAAGAUUGCAUAUUACACAAGUGGUGGAAUCGGACCUUACACAGAGGAAGUGCUGGUCAAAACAGAAGCAGAUUUAUUUGAUCCGUCAGGCAACCAGUCUCUGAGUGACGAUUCCUCCAUGAGUGCCAGCACCCUGGGAGCUAUUAUCGGCGCUAUGUUGGCAGUAGCAUUACUAUUGCUACUGUUAGCUGUGAUAUUAUGCAGAAGUUAUAGAUCACCAAAAGAUGAACAGCUGUAUGCAAGGAAGAAUUCAAAUAUAUGGAUUGCAUCAGAUAACCUGUACGAGGAAGGCGCCAGUGGGUCAGCUACAAAACAAGGGGUCUAUAAUAUUUCAUUUGCGUCAAAUGAUAAUUACCAUCCAGAUGACGGUACUGAUGGAAUGUACGACUUUAGUGGUGCUGCAGGUCAGAAACGAUCAAAACGAGGCAAAUUCAAUGUCCGUGCAAUGACCUCUGAUGUCAUGUUUAAAAAACGAGGUAAAGCUCCCCUCAGGAGAUGGGGAAUACCAGAAACAUCUGGUGUGAUAUUGACCAGCCAAACUAGUACCAGUGAAGUUGCUCCUGUCAGUACACCAAUAACUGCAGUAUCUCAUGAUCUCAGAAAUGAGACUAUUACUGAAGUUUCAGAAGAGAAUGGAAGUGCAGCAAGGCAAGCGAUGUCUGCGUCCAGAGAUGACAACUCACCUACACCAUCCAGUAUAUCACAUCAAUACGAAUACAUUGACACAUCACCAACACCCAGGCCCAUACAGAAAGACGCCGUCUACGCCAAAGUUGAAAAAACAGGCAAAAUAAAUAUGAAAAUACAAGAAGAGCAAGAACGGCGUCGUAAAAUACUCGCUGAGCGAGAAAGACAAAAGGAACUUGAUAAAGGAUUGAGGAUCAUAAGCAAGGAAAAGAAAAAAGAAGCUCGCAGGCGAGAGAAAUUACGUGCAAGUGCAGACGGAUCAGAAGAUCCUCCAGUGAAUAUACAAGUAAUGCACAUGAGGAAUCAUGAAAAUGCUGCUCUGUAUUAA